AGCAGCGAGGCUAGUUUAAAGUAGAGUUUAUUUGCCGCUGUUUGAGGGCUUUUAACGACGGUAAACGGCCCCGGUUGUUAACGGUGUGACAGAUGGACAGUUGCGCUGGAAAUGGAGAGAGAGUUCGACCUCUGUUGUUAGUUCAAUAGCUUCAGUCGUGCGUUUGUUCACAGCCAUGAAACAAAGUGUUUUGGGGGUCAUGGGGGCGCUGGGUCGACUGCUGCUGGCUCUCCUCCUGCUGUCCUGGGAGGGGAAACUAUUUCAGGUUGGAGGGGUCAGAUCAGUCACUCUCCCAGAAUCCCUCCUGUUCGUCUCAACGCUGGACGGUAGUCUGCACGCUGUCUCUAAACAAUCGGGAGAUAUCAAAUGGACCUUACGAGAAGACCCCAUAAUUCAGGUGCCUGUGUAUCUCACAGAGCCAGGUUUUCUUCCAGACCCCAAUGAUGGCAGUUUGUAUGUACUCGGUGGAAAACACAAGGAAGGCCUGAUGAAACUGCCUUUCACAAUACCAGAGUUGGUUCAGUCAGCUCCCUGCAGGAGCUCUGAUGGUAUCCUCUAUACAGGUAAAAAGCAGGAUGUGUGGUUUGUUGUGGAUCCUGAGACAGGCGAGAAGCAAACCAGUUUAACCACCUUGUCGUCUGAAUCCAUCUGCCCCAACACUCCUCUGCUCUAUAUAGGACGCACAGAAUAUAUGGUGACCAUGUUUGAUACCAAGACACAGGAGCUGCGAUGGAACGCCACGUACAAUGACUACUCUGCUCCACCUUAUGAUGAGAAACAAGACUACAAGAUGGCCCAUCUUGUGUCAAGUGGGGAUGGUCUCGUUGUGACAGUUGACAGAGAGUCAGGUGACGUCCUGUGGAGUCAGAACUAUGGGUCGCCGGUCGUGGGGGUGUAUCUGUACUCUGGUGACUCGCUGAGACAUGCCCCCCACUUGUCGCUCGCUAUGGAAACACUGCGCUUCCUCACCUUCUCCUCUGCCAAUGACCAGGCAGACACACACUCCACUUUAAAGUGGAGCUAUCAGUUUGUGAAGGAGCAAGCCAGCGCACAAGCACAACUUGUACCAACACUCUACGUAGGAAAACUGGACUCCCACCUCUAUGCAUCCACCUCCCUUGUUCACCAUGGAGUCUCGUUAGUGCCUCGGGGGUUGACCCUGGCACGGAUUGAGGGUCCAGUGACGACUGGAGUGACGGAAAGAGAAAGAGGAGAAUGUGAGAUCACGCCUUCCACAGAUGUGCGCUAUCCACCAGGGAGCACAAACAGUCAGAAAAACCAAUGGCUGCUAAUAGGUCAUCAUGAGCUCCCUCCAUUGGCCCACACCACCAUGCUGAGGGAUUUCCCAGUUGGCCUGCAACGUUCUGGUGAGGCAUUCAUCCCUCCUCGACCGCCUGGCUCCUCUGCUUCCCCAAUCUCCUCAGCUUCCUACUACCACCAGCGCUACUUUCAUACAGAUGCUGGUAGCCAUAGCAACAGUGAUGCUUAUAAAGGAGGUGGGGAUGGGAGGAUUUCCGGACAGGCCCAGAAGCCGGCCGCUGUGCUGCCUGUUUAUUUGACUCAGGACCGCCUGACUCUGGCUGUUCUGACCCUGCUGCUGGGAGGAUGGCUGGCCUUCGCACUCACCUACCCGGCUCGCGCAGCCCAGCAGUUGAAAGCUCAACAGCAGCUGGAGGAGGCUUUUGAAUCUCGUCUCCAGCGCAUGCAGACCAACAUGCAGACCAACAUGCAGACCAACGUGCAGACACCUGCCUCUUCAGACACAAACCUUUCAACUGACACAAACCUCUCAAAUGACCCAGAGCCUGCACCCACUGACCCUCCACCUAGUCCUCACAGUCACAGCAGUAGCACCUCAGAUGUCAAUAAAAAUGACACCGCAGGGCACAAACCUACAGCAGGAAACAGUGAGGAGGUGCAGGUGGGUAAAAUCUCCUUCGCUCCAUCUGACGUCCUUGGACACGGCACAGCUGGAACAUUUGUCUUCAGGGGUCAAUUCGAUGGGCGUAACGUAGCAGUGAAACGAAUCCUGCCGGAGUGUUUUGAGGUUGCUGAGCGUGAAGUGCAACUCCUCCGAGAGUCUGACACACACCCAAAUGUCAUCAGAUACUUCUGCACGGAGAGAGACCGCCUCUUCACAUACAUCGCCAUCGAGCUGUGCGCUGCAACCCUGCAACAGUAUGUGGAGGAUCCAUCUUGCUUUCCUAAACUGAAUCCUAUAACGCUGUUGGAACAGACUAUGUGUGGCCUCUCACACCUCCACUCGCUUAACAUAGUCCAUCGUGACCUGAAGCCUAGAAACAUCCUCCUCUCUGGUCCCAGUGCGCUGGGUCGAGUCCGAGCUCUCAUUUCUGAUUUUGGGCUCUGUAAAAAGAUCCCAGAGGGUCGGAGCAGCUUCUCUUUGCGGUCUGGAAUACCGGGAACUGAAGGGUGGAUAGCUCCCGAAGUGCUGAGAGAUACUCCUGGCAACAAACCGACAGCAGCAGUGGACGUGUUCUCAGCAGGGUGUGUGUUCUACUAUGUGGUCAGCAGAGGGCAGCACCCUUUUGGCGAUGCACUGAGACGACAGGUCAACAUCUUGUCAGGGGAAUAUUCACUUGCACAUUUUAUGGAGGAUAUACAUGAUGACGUUAUAGCGCAGGAUCUGAUUGAGCAGAUGAUCAAUGCUGAGGAGUCGUCACGCCCCACCACAGCCUGUGUGCUCAAACAUCCGUUCUUCUGGAGCCCUGAGAAGCAGCUGCUGUUUUUCCAGGAUGUGAGUGACCGCAUAGAGAAGGAACCGGCAGACAGUCCAAUUGUGGUCAAACUGGAGACUGCAGGAAGAGCCGUGGUCCGAACCAACUGGAGGAUGCACAUCUCUGUGCCUCUGCAGACAGACUUGAGGAGGUUCAGAACAUAUAAAGGAAACUCAGUCAGAGACCUGCUGAGAGCCAUGAGAAAUAAGAAACAUCACUAUCACGAGUUGCCACCAGAAGUGCAGCAGACUCUCGGCGAGUUGCCCGAAGGGUUCGUCAGUUACUUCACAUCUCGUUUUCCACGGUUACUGAUGCACACUCAUGCUGCUUUGCACAUCUGCUCCCACGAGAGACUGUUUCACCCCUACUAUCUGUCCCCCAAUGACAAAUAGCAUUCUCAUGACUCUGUACACACAUACACAAGUCCUCUUUGUCUUAGCAGAGGAAAUCCCUGACAGUGCCCUGUUAUUGCUUUUGUAAAGCCCAAACUGUUUUUUAGGGGAAGAUACAGUGCUGUGAAAAAGUUGAGUUGGUGUAUCACUAGAGUUGUUUUAUAUAUUCAUUUAUUUUUACACAUGAUUUUUAUGAUCAAGAAAUGAUUUUAAAAUUAAACCAGAAAACAAGUCAAACUUCUGAAAAGUCUGCAUAAAUUUAUAAUUUAAAAACGCCAAUGUAACGUUACAGAAUGAUAUAAAAACCUCAAAAAAUUAUGUACCCGUCCUUUAAGGUGAAGCUAAAUUUGGGUCUUCAUCAGAAUACACUUAAUGAAGGUCAACCAUGAGAUAGAGGUGUCUGAUGAUUUUCUUUUAAGCAGAAGCAAUACUUCAGCGUAUGUGCUCCACUGGAUUUUAUUGAAAUAUUUUUUACAAAUUAUGACAACACAUGACCUCUUAGACGGAAAAAACGUUUUUACUUUUACCAAAAGUUAGUCUGAAAUCUAAAAUGGAAAUGUUUCUAUCUUAAAAUAACAAAUAAAAAUGUUUUUAAUUUUAUGGAUUUAUACAUUUCAAAUAAUUGAAAAAAAAAAAAAAGAGUGCAAAGUACUGUACACAUGUUAUAAUCAAUGCUGCUCAGAUUUCACAUUCAGGUCAUAAAUGCAGGUUGUGAACUCUUAAAAAUGUAGCAAGUUCGGCCUUUUUAGUCAAUAAAACCAGAUAACAUGUCUAAAUGUCACCUUAAUUGAUUUAAAGUGUUUCAAGAAUCAUGAAGUAAAAAAAAGCAACAUAUUGGGAAGUGAUGAUCAAUCGUGAACGAGCUAUGACAUGUUGAAGUGUCAUAGCAGACUUUGUCACAGCACUGUAAACCAACAUAGACUUUGGACAACAGGUUUCAAGAUAAAGCAUGUCUUGCUGUUACAGGAACAGUGUUACAAGGCUGCAUUGUCACAGAAGAAAUCUUUAUCCAUCGUUAUCCAAUUGAACUGUUUACUUUCCCCUUUGUCCCCUGUUACUGAUGUGCUUGUCUCCUCUGCAGGAAGUGCAAAAGACUCCACAAUAUUAACUUUGCUGUUUUUAUAUAUUUGAUGUGUGUGUAUGUGUUUACGUUACUGCUUUACUGAAGGUAGCUACACUGACUGAAAAGUGGUUUUCACUGAAAGCAAUACAUUGACUAUAUUGGUAAAAUAUUCAUUGACACUGUUUAAAUGCGGGGAAAUGUGCAUAUGCUGUGAAAAUCCAAUUUAUCGCCACUGUGUUCAGGCAGAAAUGCAAAAAGACAUAAUGACAUCUUUGUGAUUUUUUAACAAUUUUUAACUGAAAUGCAGUAUUUUUCAGAGGUUCACCACUCCUGAACGUUGUUGCCUGAGUGUUUGAACUCCACAAAAUGCUCCAUAAAAUCUCCUCCUGUAACUACUGGAUGAAGGGUUGUUCAUAGUUCUGCGGAAGAAUGAAUGAUGAAAAAUCAAACUUUUGUACUUUUUUGGAAUGAGUGAAUUAAAUUCAUACUUUGAGUGUGCCAAAGAAAGA